UGGAGCGGUAACGGAACUGCUCGAUUGUUCUCGUUAAAUUCCUUUCCCCCGCGUUCUCGCGCAUGCCAGCUCCCGUUCUUCAGGAGAAGAGACAGCCAGGGAGGCUGGCUGAUGCGCUCGCCUUGCUGCCCCUUACGCAUUGGCUGAACGGAGACCUCUGGUGUUUUUUAGCUUAUAUUUUUAGCAGCGGAGGUCGGACUCGUAUUGCAUCGCGUGUGGUAGAAAGUGCAGUAGUUCAUCUGCAGUGCUGCUGAGCGCUGGAGAACCGCAGUGUGUUGCGCUGUGAACGCUCAAGCUCAGCAUACUGAACGAGUCCGCUAUUACGGCGAAUGGUCUGAAGUAAACACGCAGGUCUGUCUGUUCGCGGAGCGCUGGAUAUCUCAUCUAGGCUGUCUUGCUAAGACCUUUUUUUUUGUGUGGAAAUGGCCAGUCCUGGAGACGAUUCGGCUUCAAAUGCCCAUCUGGAUCAAGCUGAAUCUGCUGACGCUACCCCAGAACCAGCGUUUCAAGAGGCUCAAAAAUGGAUCGAGGCAGUGACAGGAAGACGUUUCGGUGACAAGGAUUUUAGAAGCGGGCUGGAGAACGGCAUUCUGCUCUGCGAGUUGCUGAGUUCAAUCAAACCAGGCCUUGUGAAAAAGAUCAAUAGACUUCCAACACCCAUUGCAGGGCUGGAUAAUCUGACCAUGUUUCUGAGAGGAUGUGAAGAGCUGGGAUUGAAGGGAUCACAGCUGUUUGAUCCCGGAGACCUGCAGGAUACGUCGAUACGAGCAAACUUAACUGGCUCUGACUGCAGUAGAAAGCUGAAGAAUGUGCUCAUAACCAUAUACUGGCUUGGUAAAGCUGCUAACAGCUGUGCAACAUAUAACGGCCCCACACUCGACCUGAAAGAGUUUGAGGGGCUCCUUUCCAUGAUGCGAAAGGAGUGUGUAAAUGAAGAUUUAGACUCCCCUAAGCGCAGUAUAAGGGACAGCGGUUACAUUGACAGCUGGGAAUCAGAGCGCUCUGAUUCGCUGUCUCCUUCGAGGCAUGGCCGUGAUGAUUCGUUUGACAGUCUCGACUCAUUUGGCUCACGAUCACAGAACACACCCUCCCCAGACACAGUUAUUCGCUGCAACAGUGAUGACUCCGAAGGUGACGCUGGACAUAGAAAGUUGCCAGACGUGCGUAAGGAUGACAUGUCUGCCCGCCGCGUGUCCUGCAAAGAGCCUCGCGCAGCUCUACCCUUUAAUCAGUAUCUGCCAAACAAGAGCAACCAGACCAACUACCUUCCUGCUCCCCUGAGGAAGAGGAGGAGCGACAGAGAAGAAGACAGGAGGAGUCCGAGCAACUCAACAUCUCCUGUAGGAGGAGAAAGACCUCUCAGACAAGAAUGCUUAGAAGUGUUAAAAGAGGGGGCUGUCGUGUCUCGAAGCCUUGCGUUCCAGAAAAAUUCCACCUGGGUGAAUGAGAAAGGUGCGGAGCUUGAGGAGGCGGAGCUUAAGAAAAUGAGAAAGCUGGAAAAGGCGGGAAUAAAAGUAUUACCUUCCUCUGUGCGAUAUAUCAGUCCAAUUGUGAACUCUGUGGAGGACAGUGAAGCUAAACCACCUUCACCUGACAUCAUUCUCCGUCGUGACAAUGAGUUCAUGCGCGCCACUGCUCCACAACAGUGGGAUUCGAAUGAGGAAGAUGAUGACGAAGAGGCAGAACGGAAGGUUCCAGAUGUCCAAAAGGAUGAUCUUGCUUCUCGCAGAGCACGAAUGAAUCAGUUUAAACCCAGCGUGGCACAUCACUUCCUGCCAAGCACUUGUAGCUGGAAGGACCAAGAAAAAUGGGAGGGAAUCAGACUGGCAUCCCAGCAUGCCGUGUUGGAGAGGAUGGAGAAGAUAGAACAGGAGAAAAGAAGUCAGGCGGACUCCGCCUCCCCUGAGGUGCCAAUCAUAAUUCGUAAGGACAAUCCUUUCUUGAAUCCUGAAAAAGACAGGGGAAAAGAGGGGAAUGAGGAAGAUGAGAGAGAGGAAGAGGGGAAGAUAGUUGUUCCAAACCCACUCAAAGAUGAUCUAGCCAGGAGGCGGACUGGGAGAGGGCCACACCCUCCCAAAGAUCCUCAUCAGUCAUUGGUCCAGACUUCCAUCACUCAGUCAGACCUGGAGACAUGGCAGAGGCUCAAGAUGAAUACAGAUAGCAGUGAAUCUGACUCCACUCCUGCUGAAGUGUCAAUCAUAACUCGCAAGGACAACCCCUUCCUGACCCCUGAGAAAGACAGUGAGAGUGAGCAGGAGAAGGAGAAGGAGGAGGGAACAGACAGAGAGAAAGGGGCGAGGGUGGUGAUGCCUAAUGUAAAGACCGAUGACCUGGCCAGAAGGCGGGGCCAAAGUGGGCCUGUCCCACAGAGAGACCCCCGGCAGUCAUUGGCUCAAACAACCAUCACUCAGUCAGACCUGGAGAAAUGGCAAAGGCUCAAGAUGAAUACAGAGAGCAGCGAUGACCCUAUUGUCCCUCUGUGUCGGACGUGUCUUGAGAAAGGCUGCCUCUCUGUUUCCUCCAAGAUGAAGGUUGCCAAGAACGACCUGGCCAGUUGCCAAGAACGUUCCUCCGGUGAACGGCGGCGUUUUGUGACAUUUGGGGGUGUGACAGAGAUGGAGAAUACGUCCUGGAAAGAGGAGGAGGAGGAUGAGGAAGGGGGAGAGGGACAGGGGGACGAGGCAGAGAAGCUUCGAUAUCUCCUCUCGAUGGCACCUGUUGCUGUGCCCACCAUAGGGCUGGGCUUCAUACUGACAAAGAGAGCGAUGGGCAGUGGAGAUGCAAACCCUGAGCCUCCUCCCAUCAUGCCCCCUGAACCUCCGAACCCUGUUAUGUUUGACCUUAAAAGGCCUUUGACCUCCACCGAGCGCAAAGUGCUGGAGGAGGAACUGGCUGAGAAAGCAAAGGAUGAGAGGGAGGAUGAUGAAGAGGAUGAAGAAGAAGAGAGGCAACCAGAUAUAGAAAAGGAUGACAUGCUAGCUCGUAGAACAGGAGCAUUUCAGAAGCCAGCAAGCGGGACUUCAUAUAACAGAUUCCUCCCGCAGUCGGGUUCCAAGAGAGAGGGUGCUACAGCAGCUUCCUUAGCCCAGAAAGGAACGAGUGGAGAAAGAGAUCUCCAAUACCUUGAAAGAAGCAUAAAGACAAAGAGAACCAAGAUUGGACAGAGAAAUGAACCAGUCAGCCAAGUAACAAAGACACCUGUUCCAGUUGCUGUAGUCACAGAAAAGAGCCCUGACAUUGUACGUUCUUCUGCAACUAAUGCCAAUCGCUCUGGCAGUUACGAUGAAUGUGGGGAUGAUCAACUGCCAGAUUUUGAGAAGGAUGACAUGAUUGCACGAAGGACCGGAUCUUACCAAAAGCCAAGUGCAGGACAGGCUUUUAAUGCUUUUCUGCCCAAACCUGUUGCUGUCAAACAUAAAAUCACUCCUAUCAGUGGAUCGCAGUCAUACCUCAAGCCAAGAGAGCAAGAGACAGCCCCGUCUCUGGACAGCUUCACCCUUAGCUCUGUGGCCCCGCCCCCAAGAAAUGCUGAGGACAUGCCUAGGAAGUGCCCUCAGAUGAUGGACAGGCAGGAGGCGGACUCUGUGGGUGUGGUGGGACAUGAAAGUCUUAUUAAAGAUGAGACUGUUACCAAAAGCCCCUCCCCCAGACCCCACCAACCCCCACGUCAGCCCCUUUGGCAGGAAGAUGAUGAUCUCCCCCCAAUAUUCAGAGCUACUAGUGUUUCUGACACAGAGAGUAUGAGUUUGAUUGACAUGCGUGAUGAAGAGGAUGAGAUGGCCUACCUUCGGCCACACAGCCAAUCACGACAUGAGGAGGACCAGUGGCAGGACGACUUGGCUCGCUGGAAGAAUCGAAGGCGAAGUGCAUCUCAAGAUUUGAUCAAAAAGGAAGAAGAAAGGAAGAUGAUGGAGAAGCUAAUGACAGCGGAUGGAGAAUCUGGCCAUCGCAGGAAGAGCAUCAAGACAUACAAAGAAAUCGUAGAGGAGAAAGAGCGUAGGGAACAGGAGCUACAUGAACAAUACUGUAAGGCCUCCACCCCAGAAGAGAAAGCAGCUGUGCUUCAACGCUAUGCUCUCCGUUUCACCAUCAGCGAUGCCAUAUUGGAGAAACUCCAACUCCCCAAACUGCCUUCUGCUGCUCCACCAAUGCACAUGUCACCUCUUCAUCAACCCGAGAAGAAGCUGACAUGCACCACCUUAGUAGAAGCAGAGGUCCCAGAGCCUGAACAAACUACCCAAACACACCACAGUGUCUAUAUAGACCAGAAGACUACACAAAAACAGGCACCGGCACAGGCCAAAACCCCUGAACCAUCACCUUCUGAGACCACCAAAGCUCCAGAAGUCCUGUCAGCACCCACACGAGUUCCUCCGGCUCCGUCGAAGCCUGUACCCCUGAUCACCCCAAAACCCUACAGCCAGCCCAAAUUCAGCCAAGGCUUCCGCAAAUCAGUCAAGAGUGAUGGGCUGAUACGUGUGAACUAUGACAGCACUCAGCAGGAGAGCAGAGAGAGGGCUGAUAGAGAUUCUAUGUCGUGUCCUCAAAUCAACUUCUCUUCCUCACCUUCAAAGCCAGAUACUCAAAGUCAACAAAAUGAGGAGCUCAUUGUUUUAGAAGCCUCAGAACACCAGCAAAACUUACAGACUUCCAUUUCUGACAAGAAGAAUGAAGUCAUAAAGUGUUCUCUUAGUCUUCAGGAAGAGAAUAGCAAAGAAGACACCUCAACUACACUGUCGGUGUCAGAACCAGAAGGAAAGCAGCCAGUGCCUGACACGAUGAUGAAGCGCAGCUGUGUUGUCACAACAACCAUAGUGACAGAACUCACUCAGACACACCCCGUCCCACCAACUGAUGCAUCCAGCACCGAGCAGCUCGAUUCAGUCCAUAGCUCAUGUGAUGUGAGUUCAACUGCCGAGUCAAGCAAGACUGAGCAGACUUCAUACUCGCUCUCAAUGACAGAGGGGAUUGACUACUCCAUUGAUUGUAUUGAAACCCCAAUGUUGAACCUUGCAAAAAGGGUUGAUCACUGGACAUGGGAUCCUAAUGAAGAGCGUAGACGACAGGAGAGGUGGCAGCAGGAGCAGGAACGCCUGCUGCAGGAGAAAUAUCAGCGAGAGCAAGAGAAGCUGAAGGAGGAGUGGGAGAGAGCACAGAGAGAAGUGGAAGAGGAUGAGAGGAGACACCAUGAAGAGGAAAGGCGGAUACUGGAGGAAACCGUGACCCCAAUGUCCCCUCGCACCUCAGGUUUAUCAUCCUGUAUGGUGACAGAGGCUCCGCCCCUCACCCAGCCCUCAGCCCCACAUGACACCAUUGUCCUCUCCUUGGCUGACUGGGAAAGGAAACAGGAAAUGUUGGAGAAACAGGCACAGACAAACCAGAGUAACAGACUUACACACAGCCCUGAUCAAGUAAUCACACCAGCUCAGCAGAAUGGUCAGAGAACUGAACCUCAGGAGAGCCAAACAGCUACACCACAACUGCAGUUUAUACAGGAUGGCUCUUGGAGCUGUAAGUCUAAAGACAGACAAGAAGAUUUGAAGAAAACUGCCUCGCUGGAUCGUAAACCGAGUCCACCUCAGAGCCAGACCACAAGGAUGAGGAGGACUGGGUCGUGUGAAAAUGUUUUAGGGACACACCCAUCAAAAUCACCCACACCAUCACAAGACACGCCACCUCCAUCACCCAGCAGGUCAGUAAGUGGAAAGAAGCUUUGCUCCAGUUGUGCACAUCCGUUGGGUAAAGGAGCAGCUAUGAUCAUUGAAAGCUUGGGGUUGUACUUCCAUAUUCAGUGUUUUAAGUGUGGCAUAUGUAAAGGGUUACUUGGAGACACAAGUGCUGGAACUGACGUCAGAAUUCGAAAUGGACUUCUUAAUUGUCAAGAAUGCUACAUAAAAUCAAGAGCUGCUGGCCAGCCAACAACAUUGUGAUGCCUCUGCACUUCUGACAAAGAAAUGUAAGUGAAAUCAGGUUAAACUGACCCAGGACCAUACCCAAGAAGAACGGAUUUUACGUUUAUACAACGUUUUCCUUACAGCACAAUCAAGCAUAGCCAUUAAAGUCAAAACUGGAAUCAUGGACACAUGAUGGGUUUUCCUCUGGACUUUCUUUGACUGUCAUUGUGCUCGCUGAAAAACGACUUUAUCGCUUACAUGAUAAAAAGUCCAUAAGAUAUUACUGCGAUUACAGAGACUACAGCGAGUCUGUUCAUACUGUUAGUUUAACACUUUAGAAUGAGAAGUAAUGGUAGCACUUUACCUCACAGUGGCCAUGUUACACACAUCUCAAUAGCAAUAAGGCCAGAAACAUACUUUACACAAAUGCAGAUUGAUGUGUCAAUAUCAAUCCUCAGUUCUAAAGGCUGAGAUAGAGAUCAGUCAAAUGCCUGUGCCAUUAACCCAAAUAAUAUCUAGGUAGCUGUUAACACUCUCACAACACUUGUCAGUGGGGCAGUACCUUUUCAGAAUAUACUAAUGCAUACCUAAUAUGUACCUUAAAGGUGCUAAUUAUUUUUUGAGAGUGUAUAAACGAUAUAAAAAUCUCAAAUCAAGAUUCUCUUAAAACGGUUGCCUCAUGACAGUAGUUUGCCUAAGAGAGAAAACUGAUUUGUAGAAGCCAAAGGGUCAAGGCUAACUACAACAUUCUGGGAGCAAAAAGCAUCUUUUGCUAUUGACGGCCAUUCAAAAGUAGCAUUGUAUUCUGACUAAAUAAGCAACUCAAGGCUGUAAACAUGUCUUAAACAUUGGGGGGACCAUUUUUUGGAGGGGGUUUGUAAUGGUCUUUUUAUUUAAAGAAUUAAAGAAUUCUUUAAAAACAUGAAAGAAAUAAGAAAAAU